UAGCAUAGUCCUGUAGCACGUCAUGCAGCUGCAAGGGCCAUUGCAGCUCCAAUAGCUCAUCCUACUCUCAUUAAAUAAUUAUUGGUGCGUUGCGAUUUGUAAUGCGUUUUCUGGGUUUAAAAAAAUAAAAAUAACUUGGGCUCUAGCCCGUGACGAGUGGCGAAUGGAAUGCGCUACGAGUGAGCUCGGGCGUACAGGUACACCUCAGAAAUUGCGCAGCUCCUCAGACGUGCUUGUUUUGCACGAUGCCCCACAUAGGGCUGACUAAAGGUGAAUGGAGAGCCGCGUUCAAUGCUUAUUAUUUUAAGAUCUUCAGCCGACCAACACAGGGAUACCUGCUUGAUGCAAAUCUGCUCGGGACACUGCUGUGUCUGCUGAAAUGCUCGAAUUAGCCGGAGGUGAUGGGAUCUGCCUAGCAUAUUGAUACGGUUCAGCUACUGCAUGCAUCCCGGCGACCCCUUCUUGUGCCAGCAUCGACAGCUCAGGUGAAACGCGAAUACCGUUUUCUAUCGAAGUCGCCGAAUUUUUUACGAAAUAGCGUGUUUUUGUGCAAAUACAAUUUGAAUGUUGGUAAAACGACGCGCAUGCGUUGUCUUGGAAUAAUUGGGCAGCCUGUGACAAAGUUGCAUUUCUGAAAUCUUCGCUCAAAGUCAUCUAUCUCUCUGAUCAAAGUUAGUGAUGUGGACGGCUUUGGACCGCGGACGCUGGGAGAUUUUUUGUCUUUUCCUAAUGGUCGCCAUGGUCUGCGGCGCUCAAAGCGCCAACGAGCCUAGCAACAUGUCAUUUGUGAAAGCGACCGUGGACAAACUGCUUAAGGGGUAUGACAUUCGUCUGAGGCCUGAUUUUGGAGGUGCCCCUGUGGACGUUGGAAUGAGCAUAGAUAUCGCAAGUAUCGACAUGGUUUCUGAAGUCAACAUGGAUUACACCAUCACCAUGUACUUCCAGCAGUCCUGGAGGGACAAGCGCUUGUCCUACACAGGGAUUCCCCUCAACCUGACGCUGGACAACAGGGUGGCUGACUCGCUCUGGGUCCCUGACACCUACUUCAUCAACGAUAAGAAAUCCUUUGUGCAUGGGGUCACAGUGAAGAACAGAAUGAUCCGACUGCAUCCAGACGGAACUGUGCUCUACGGCCUCAGGAUCACCACUACGGCAGCUUGCAUGAUGGAUUUGCGUAGAUACCCUCUGGACGAGCAGAACUGCACCCUGGAGAUCGAGAGCUAUGGGUACACCACUGAUGACAUCGAGUUCUACUGGAAAGGUGAUAAUUCAGUGACUGGGGUGGAGAACAUCGAACUUCCCCAAUUCUCUAUUAUAGACUACCACAUCCAAUCCACAAAAGCAGUGUUUGCUACAGGCUCCUACCCGAGGCUCUCUCUGAGUUUUAAGCUGAAGAGGAACAUUGGCUACUUCAUCCUACAGACCUACAUGCCCUCCACCCUGAUCACCAUCCUAUCCUGGGUCUCCUUCUGGAUCAACUAUGACGCGUCUGCGGCCAGAGUCGCUUUAGGUAUAACCACUGUGCUGACCAUGACCACCAUCAACACCCACUUGAGAGAGACUUUACCCAAAAUCCCCUAUGUCAAGGCUAUAGACAUCUACCUGAUGGGCUGCUUCGUGUUUGUCUUCCUGGCCCUGCUGGAGUACGCGUUUGUUAACUACAUCUUCUUCGGUCGGGGGCCUCACUUACAGAAAAAGGUGGCGGAGAAAGCAGCUAAAACCAAUAAUGAAAACAAGAGCCGUCUGGAGAGUAACAAAGUGCAGGUGGACGCCCAUGGCAACAUCCUCCUGACCAAUCUGGAGAUCCGUAACGAGAUGGGUGGGAUGGGUGGCAUGGCCGGGAUGACCGGGGCCGAGAUGAUAGGGGCUCUCAACGACCCGCGGGCCACCAUGUUCUCCUACGACAGCGCCAGCAUACAGUACCGCAAGCCCAUGGCCAGCCGAGACCUGUAUGGUCGACCGGCCCUCGACCGGCCUGUCGGCCACAAGAAGAGUCGUUUGAGGAGGAGGGCGUCGCAGCUCAAAGUCAAGAUCCCAGACCUGACGGAUGUCAACGCCAUAGACAAGUGGUCCCGCGUCAUCUUCCCCAUCGCCUUUACCUUCUUCAACCUGGUCUACUGGAUGUACUACGUCCACUAAGGGACAUGGCUAUUCUCACUAGAGGUUUGUUUAGCUAGCUAGGUUCUUGUACAGCGAGGGUAAAAGAGAGGGGCGUUAAAUUCAGCCCCAUUUAUAUGACUUCUGUUUGAGGAAUGCGAUGCGAAGCGGAUGUCUUUUCAAUGUAAAUACAUUUUAAUAUAUUAUAUAAAUAUAUAUAUAUAAAAAAUAUAAAUUUUAUUUAAUAAAUUCUCUCACCUUUUUGCUGUAUUCAUCCGUAAAAAAAAUAGAAAUAGUGAAAAUUAGUACAGAAUUAAAGACUCGGUGAAGCCUGCAAUUUGUAAGUCUGAACUUUGUGCCAAAAAUAGACCUUGGUGACUUCAUUGUUACUCUUAGGCUGCAACUGAAUUUUAUUUAUUGGAAAUCCUGUUCUCAACUUAUUUCCUCUCAUUCUCUGCAUGCGGACUGUAACACAACUUUUAUUUGCUUCUAAAGAGAAAAAAAGCCCAGUGCAAAAACUGUGGGUAAUAACAAAGACAAUUUUCUCUUGGUUAAACCCUAUCUUGUGAUUGAAGUAAAUCCUUGCUUAUUUAAACUUCAUCCUGUGGUUUAGGAAGUCCUUGUUUGGUUGAACUCCAUCUCUGUGAAUAAGGUAGUCCUCAUUUGGUUUAACAACAUGCUAUGACUAAGUUCAUCCUCAAUGAAGUAUUAACUCUCCAUACCAUGAUUAAGGCAGUUCUCAUUAUGUUGAGUCCCCACCUUGUGACUAAGGCGGUAUUCAGCGAGUUGAAGAACAUGCUACCUUGCAUGUUCUUAAUGUGUGACAUGAUUUUGUUGGUUUAUGCUAGGUGCAUGUGCACUUACCAGCUUUUUGCACUGUAAAACAAAGCCUGUUUUCUUUCAUUUGUAUAAAAGCUUAGCAAAGCCUCCAUAGUUGAGCCUACCUGUAUUAUAAUCAUUCUACUGUGUGCUUUUGAACAACAAGCAUUGCAUUUAGCGUAAGUACAGGACAGAAGUGAAUUGGAAAUAGACUAAUCUCAAAAAACGAAAUUUGUAUCUAUUCUCACAGCGUCUGUGAGCAUGUAAAAUGUAAUUUUCUUUAAAAGAAAUCAGGUAAAGAAUGACUUAUGAUGUCACCACGCUUUCGAAACCACAUCAAAACAUGCAAGCCCUGAUAAUACAUGCUGUAGAUGGUUGAGCCAAGUGCAGCCAAGACAACAUCUUUUCAAAUACACAGUACUGUAUAGCAUAUUUGCACAAAGUAUAGUAUUCUAAAGUGCAGCUCAGCUAUUCAAAAAGUUAUUUGUUAAAUGGCAAACACUUGAAGUAGAUUUACUAACGUUAACAUUAGCAUUAUACUAAAUUCCACUCAUAAACACCUUGACCCCUGUGAAAACUGUUCUAGCAUUUAAAAAAACUGGCAUAGAAUAGCAAUAGGUGUUCUACACCUAUAAGAUUUGGCAUGGAAAUCUAUUGACCUCAUUGCUUUAGUGCAUAAAAAAAACAGGCGCAAUGGUCUAGAGUUAUUUGGAUUUCAAUGGAUUUCUUGACUCCUCUGUUAUACUACUCAAGACUGAUGAAUACUUGUAUGAACCUGAACAAUUCCCUGUAAUUCCUACUUGUUUUAUUGCUGGAUUCAUUGCGAUUGUAGAAAAAGCUGUGCUAGAAUGUCUACUAUAUUAGUUCAACAAAACAAAUAGGAUAAGUAGCUAUAGCCUAGUUGUAAAGGUGUAAUUUUGUAGCAUUAAAGGGCAGCAAUUAGUGCCAUAAUAGGUGCAUUUAGUAAGCUUAUAUAAGUAGGUUGUGUGGUUUAAAUUAAAUUAGCGUAGGUUGGACUCAUUACAUAAUUUGUAACCUCGCAAUUUGGAUGAUGGGGAAAAAAGCUAAACUGGCAACGCAGCGUUCUAUGUGAUCCUAACUUUGAUUUACACACUGAUAACAUCCUGCAGUGUUCUAUGUUUGGCUGGCCACGCCACAUCAAAAUCUGGCUAGUCCAUUUCUACAGUCCUCAGAUGAUGACAUUUUUCUCACAUUUGGAACUAAAAUAACAUUUUUUUUCUGAAUAAACAAUGGUAGCGUUUCCCUCUACAAAUAUAUCAAGAGUACUUUUCCAUGGCUAAAAUGGUUUUGCCCAUGACUAUUGCUUUGCUUAGCUAUCAAAAUGGCCAAUGACUACUUUGAUGUAACUACUUUAUUAUUAUAAUAGCGGGUGGAUUCCAAGUAGACAUCUGAACUGCUUGUGUUAUCAGGGCUUACCAAAAAAAGCUAAACCAGAUAGGCUUCUACAUGACACAAUAAGUAGCAGUGUGCUCUCUCCUCAUGGCUGAAUAUUGUGCCUUUAACAAGAAUCUCAAUAUUUUCACAGGGUUUAACUUAACUUAUAACUAGUGUGUAGAAUUUAAAACGAAUAAACUUGUACUUUUUUUUUUUUUUAGAGAAGAUUAAGAAAUGAAACUGCGGUCAACAACACAGACUGACUUUUAUGACGCUCUAAAUACAUACUCAAAGUAGGUAGUAGUCAGACAUUCCAGCAUUUAUGAUGACAAUCUGUGAAUUCAAUGCAGAAAAUGUCCUGCAAGUUUGGUUUUGUUGCUGUUACUGUCGUUGUUUUCAGGCGGAAUGGAAUUCUAUGGACUGGUGAAAAAUAAAAUUGUCUUUCCACUCAGCAGACUCUCACAUACAGAAACAGAUGGGACACAUGUUUUCUUUGGACGGCCAUAGUGAAAUGGAAGCCUUAACAACUGGCUUCCCUCAAGCUUCCAAGGGAUAAUGAAAUGUACUGAACUCUAUUGUGUGAAAUUACUGUACAAUUUUCUCUCGUGCUCUAUAUGUGCUCUCAUGUAUAAAGGAGUGUAUGUGUGUGUGAGAGAGAGUGUGUUUGAGUGUCCUGGCGUGUUUGUCAGCAAGCAUGUGUUUUUCUGCUUGGUAACAUGUGUACAAGCAAGCAUGUGCGACCGGGAAUGUGUGUGUGUGGGUGUUUGUGUGUGCGUGUAAGAGAGAACACAAUCAUACAAAUCCUUUGUUUGAGAUGGUAAGAAAUUCAAAUAAAAUAACUGACAUCUCACCAACCCAA